AUGUCUUCCGAAGUGGAUCCCCUUCUGCCACGCAACCAGCCAGCUCCAGAAAUAUCUGGCUAUGGAUACUCAAAGCCUAACGACUUUAUAAAUGUGAAUUAUGAAUCAACCCCUCCAUCAUAUCGAAAUGAUAACGGUCAGGAGGAGAAUGAGGAGAACGAUGGUACCGAGUCAGUAACCUCCAAUAGAUCCGCUCUUAGCACAAUAUGCAGCAUCUUCACCUUUGGCGUCCUUUUCGCGUUCAUAGCUUCUAUCGCACUCCCGCUGGGUGGCAAUGGAGGAAACCGUCAGCCUUCUCCUGAGCCUGUACCUGGCCGUCCAUCAUCCACCAUCAAUGAACGGGUCGACAAGAUAUUGAACGGGACACCUUUGAUCGACGGCCACAAUGACCUGGCGAUCUUCCUUCGCUUUGGCUAUAAGAACCAGAUCCACACAUCGAAGUUCCGUGAUAAGUUUGAGAAAGGCGGAAUGGAGAUGCAUGUGGAUCUUCCUCGUUUGAGGAAGGGCAAGGUUGGGGGUGCUCUCUGGAGUGCAUUCGUUCCGUGUCCCGCAAAUGCGUCUUAUGACUUCUCCGACAGCGUAUAUGGACAAUCGGUUUCGACCACCCUUUCGCAGAUAGACCUUAUCCGACGUAUACAAACAUAUUACCCAAAGAUCUUCAUACCAGCCACGUCAAGUCCUACUGAUGCCCUGUACUUGUUUCAUCAAAACCACUCACUCGUCUCGCCCAUAUCCAUUGAAGGUCUCCAUCAAAUCCCUCAGACCUCCCCGUUCACCACCUUGCGCCUCUACCACAGUCUCGGUGUUCGUGCUGCGACUCUCACCUGGAACUGCCAUAACGCCUUCGCCGACGCAGCCCUCAUUCCUUCUAACGACACUGGACUAACGGUUCCUGCUCCGCCUUAUCGUAAUGGUCUUACAGCCGCCGGCCGACAAGUGAUCAAGGAGAUGAACCGUCUCGGCAUACUGGUCGACCUCUCCCAUACCAGCUACUGGACACAGAAAGCUGUGCUCUCAAACAAUACAUCCCUGGCACCGGUCAUUUUCUCUCACUCUUCGGCGUUCACCAUCUGUCCACACCCCCGAAACGUACACGAUGAUAUCCUUGACCUAGUCAAAGCGACAAAUUCAAUCGUGAUGAUUAAUUUUGCAUCAGCGUUCAUCUCCUGUUCCCCACCUCCGAACUCCAGCGUUCUUCCGGAUUUCUAUCCCAGGAACAAUACGCUGCAUCAGAUUGCACGGCAUGUCGUCUAUGUAGGUGAGAAGAUUGGCUAUGAUCAUGUCGGGUUUGGUAGUGACUUUGAUGGUACGCUCUUAACACCAGAGGGGAUGGACGGAGUGGACAAGUUUCCGGAUCUGGUCGCGGAGCUGUUAAGGAUGGGUGUUACUGAUGAGGAUGUAGCGAAAGUGGUAGGUGGGAAUAUUCUUAGAGUGUGGCAGGCUGCGGAAGAUGUUAGUGCGAGGAUGCAUGAGGAUGGUGUGUUGGAGUUGGAAGACGAGGUACCGGAUUGGAAGGUUGAUUGA